AAUGGUUGGGAAGGAGGGGAGCUCAUCAGUGAUUGCAGAAUCUGUGCAGCAUCCAUGGACAACGGUUCAGCCAGCCCAGGAGCCAUGCUGGGCAACCAAACAUUGGGCAGGAUGCCCCGACAACCCCUGGAGCUCCAGGUGGUCACCAUCCUGCUGGUGCUGCUCGUCUGCGGGGUGGGCAUAGCAGGCAAUGCCAUGGUGGUGCUGGUAGUGCUGCGCACCAAGCACAUGAUGACCCCCACCAACUGCUACCUGGUGAGCCUGGCUGUGGCCGACCUGCUGGUACUGCUCGUGGCUGGGCUGCCCAACAUCUCUGAAGUGGUGUCUUCCUGGGUGUACGGCUACGCCGGCUGCCUCUGCAUCACCUACCUGCAGUACCUGGGCAUCAACAUCUCCGCCUGGUCCAUCACUGCCUUCACAGUGGAGCGCUACAUCGCAAUCUGCCACGCCAUCAAGGCACAGCUUCUGUGCACCGUGGCCCGCGCCAAGCGCAUCAUCUUCUCACUGUGGAUCUUCACCUCCCUCUAUUGUCUCAUGUGGUUCUUCUUAGUGGACACGUCCCAGGUCACGUUUUCAGAUGGAGAACAGGUCAGCUGUGGCUACCGUGUCUCCAGAAGCCUUUACAUGCCCAUUUAUUUCUUGGAUUUUGCUGUCUUCUACGUCAUCCCGCUGGGACUUGCAGCCGUCCUCUACGGCCUCAUUGCCCGCAUUCUAUACGUGAGCCCCCUGCCCGCCGCCCCGCAGCACGCCCUGGGCUCAGCACAUAGGGGUGGCUCCCUCCAGCAAUCCUGCCUGGGCAGCAGGGGGACCCUGAGCUCCCGCAAGCAGGUACGAGACCUCGGUGGGCUGCAGGCUCCGUGCCCAGGGGACUGGUGCUUUGGGUGGGGGGAGUGCCCCAAUAGCUUGCUUCUUUUUGUGGAGGAGCCAGGAAGGUCGCUUUGCUGGAAAAUGGGCUCCCUCUGCCUUGACUGAGCUCUGCAGAGUUGCCUGAGUCACUGGGAGUGGCUGUAGUGCAGGGGUUUGGGUGGAUAAUUAAUAUUCAUUGCCUGCUAGGUCCUGGGAUGAGUCAAUAUAGUCAAUAUCUAGGCAUGGGAUUUUGCUAGUGAAGGCUGUCCCAUUCGUGUUUCAAGCUCUGAGACAUGGUCUGUAUCAAAGUUAAGGGCUGAUGCUUGGAAACUGACUUGAGCCUCUGAAAUCACCGCUCCUCUUGCCUUUG